AGCAUUAAAUGAAAUUAGACUUGUCCUCUACACUCCAAGUCUCCAAUCAGUGCACUCAAGUCAAUCUAGCUAGAAGCCCUAAAAAUAAAAACCCACGUUAGGGGCAAAACCGUCAUAAAAAAUAAUCUGACUUUCUAUAUAUAAAAAGCCACUCCGACUCACUGCAACUUCAAGUUGCGAAGCCUGACAUCACACAACCACACCGCCACACCGCUUCCCUUCUUCCUUCAUCACUUUCUACUUAUCAACUCUCAGAGACAAAAACACAAACACUUGACAAACAUUUUAUAGAGAGAGAAAAAAGAAAGUUUCCAACCUUUCAGAAAAUGGAAACAGCCAUACGCCUUCACUUAACAGUCGUCGCCGUCAUACUCUUCGCCGUUACUUUUGCCUCCGUCAGGGCCUGUCCGCCAUCGGACCUGGCCGCCCUUCUCGCAAUCAAAGCGGCGCUCCACGAGCCGCAUUUCGGGAUUUUCAACUCCUGGACCGGCACCGACUGCUGCCACAACUGGCACGGCGUCAGCUGCGACCCGGAGACCGGUCGAGUCGCCGACAUAAACCUCCGGGGCGAGGCCGAAGACCCGAUUUACGAGAAGAAUCACCGAACCGGGUACAUGACCGGGACCAUCUCUCCCGCCAUCUGCCGCCUGACCCGGCUCUCCAGCCUCACCAUCGCCGAUUGGAAGGGAAUCACCGGCGAGAUUCCGAAAUGUAUCACGACGCUGCCGUUCCUCCGAAUCUUCGACCUCAUGGGAAACAAAAUAUCAGGCCAGAUUCCGGCAGGUAUCGGCCGGCUACACCGGCUCACAGUCCUCAACUUCGCCGACAACCUCAUCUCCGGCCCUAUCCCGACCUCACUCACUAACCUCUCCAGCCUCAUGCACCUCGACCUCCGAAACAACAAAAUUUCGGGGGAGCUGCCCCGAGAUUUCGGCCGACUCGGCAUGCUGAGCCGGGCCUUGCUGAGCAGAAACCUCAUAGGCGGUACAAUCCCGAGUUCGAUUGCUCAAAUUUACCGCCUCGCGGAUCUGGAUCUUUCCUUGAAUCAGAUUUCAGGUCCGAUCCCCCCUACAAUCGGCAAAAUGGCGGUUCUCGCGACGCUAAAUCUUGAUUCCAACAAAAUAUCAGGUCGCAUACCGCCGAGUUUGCUUGUCUCGGGCAUUAGCAACUUGAAUUUGAGCAAGAACUUUCUCGAUGGUAUUAUACCGGAUGUGUUUGGGCCGAGUUCUUACUUCACCGUGAUCGAUUUAUCGUUCAACAAAUUGAGGGGCAAUAUCCCGAAAUCUAUAAUUUCGGCUUCGUAUAUCGGGCACUUGGAUUUGAGCCAUAACCACUUGUGUGGGAGAAUUCCGGCUGGGUCGCCGUUCGAUCACCUCGAACCGUCGUCAUUUACUUACAACGAUUGUCUUUGCGGAAAGCCACUAAAAACCUGCUAAUGAAGAUUAGAUUGUGUAAGGUGUUUGUAUUAUUGUAAGAGAGAGAGAGAGAGAGAGAGAGUUAAUUAAUUGUGUGUUUACCGCUUAAUUACGUUCAUUAUAUUGAAUCAAUCUUAAACAUUAUUAUUAUUAUGAUGAAAA